AUGUUUAAAAGCCAAGGGAAAGAGCCAGCAGAGAUGGGAGAGGUGAUGACACGGGUGAAAGAAUGGGCAGCCAAGAGUAACAGCAAGCAGGAGCGGGUAAGACCCAACGCGCAGGGGAGCUUGCUGUGGCGAGCCAGGCAGCGAAGCCCGAGUUGGGCAGGGGCAGGACUGAGUGAUCGGGAGACACCGGAGGGCUCAGAAAGCUUAGCAGGAGGCUCCGCUGGGGCGCGGCGGCGGCUGGGCCGUUAUCUGCUCAGCGCUACUCGCGCGACAGCGCCAACCCCGCGGCCUCUGGCUCUGACGCGUCGCCCUGGAAACCGGCGCGCGGGGCCUCCUGGGACUGACCCGCCAGCGGAAGGGGCUAGGGAACAGGCCCGCGAGGCCUGCGCGCACGCGCACUUGAGAUCGCGUCCGUGCGGCCUGAGCUGGGACUACCACGCCUGCGUCCUGGCGCGCCCGUGGCGAGGGAGACGGUCCCUCGGCAUCCCUGUGGGCUCGGAGUUCCCGCGGAUCCUUCCCGCGUCGGGUCCCUCGAGUCCGCGCACCGGGUGUGUUGAAUCCAAGUCUGAUGUGUAUGUCCGCUCCGCAGCCUGUUGUCGGGCUUUUAAAGUGGUAAGGGAAAGGGUGCAGUGGCUGCUUUUAUCAACCAAUCAACUGUUUUCUUGCCAGAUCCCCAAAUAUUCCCGGGCCAAUGGAGGGGAGAGCCCAGGAUGCCCGGGAGAGGCCGGGCUUAAGUUGAGCCGAGAGGCAGGCGCUCAGACAGCCCUGGGGCCCCGCCAGCCCCCAUCUGGCACUUGUCUGUGUCGCUGUCAGAAUCUGUCUAGCUCCGCGUUCCCUCGCAGGGGUGUGUUGGGGGGAGUCCUCAUUCCGACUCUCAAAAUGGUUAUCAAAGUGUUUGUUGCCACAUCAUCUGGGUCCAUAGCGAUUAGGAAGAAACAGCAAGAAGUUGUGGGCUUUUUGGAAGCUAAUAAAAUUGAUUUUAAGGAGUUCGAUAUUGCUGGAGAUGAAGACAACAGGAAGUGGAUGAGAGAAAAUGUUCCCGGAGAGAAGAAACCUCAGAAUGGGAUUCCGCUGCCUCCUCAGAUCUUUAACGAGGAGCAGUAUUGUGGGGAUUUUGACUCUUUCUUUUCUGCAAAAGAAGAGAAUAUUAUUUAUUCCUUCCUUGGCUUGGCUCCCCCUCCAGGCUCAAAGGUGACAAAGUCGCCUGAGGAAGCGUCUUCCCUUCCUGAUGGUGAAGUGGCAGGAGAGGCUCAGAGCACCACAGAGGGAACAGAGAAGGCUGAAGAAAGUGGAGAACAUGAGGCACAAGAAGAGGGUGAUGAAGAUGCGGGCGACCCUGUUGGAUCCCAAGAGAAGGAUGAAGAAGAGGGAGAGACAGCAGCGGAAGAGAUGAAAGAAGCAGCUGCAGAGGGAGCAGAAGGGGAAGCAGAGGGAGAGGAAGCUGAAGAAGAAGAGGAACCAGAAGAAGAAGGAGAAGGAGACGAGGAAGAAGAGUCUUAAGCCUGGUCAUGCUCUGCUUUUCCACUUGUCCAGGAAACCCAAACCACGAAGCACCAUUUCAUCUGUCUCCCCACAAACUGAAUUCAACGAAACGCUUUGGCCUGAAGCUAGCACACCUCUGUCAGGAUGUCCAGGGUUCACUGGGGAAUUGUAUGACAUGAUGCGAUUAGAUCUCCACACAUGUAUUUACUUAAUCAUAUCGACAUGAAAUCAAAUGUGAAGACAGCACUCACAUACCUUCACGGGCCUGACAUUUGUGGCCUUUGCUUACUUUUUUUUUUUUUUUUGCUUUGCAUGAAUAGUCCUUCUCACCAAUACCCUGAAAAAAAAAAUUACAAAAUCUAGAACUUCUCUUUGUGAUAAGACAAAAGCGCCUUAUGCUCCUUUUCUCAGAAUUCGCUUUGAAGAUGAAGAACUUUCCAGAGAACAACCAUACAAAUAAAGCUGAAUAAGAAAUAUCUUGUC